AUGGCCUCUCCUCAACCGCCUUUCACCGUGCGCUUUGCGCUGGAAUCUGACGCCGCCACGAUCGCCGAGAUAGGCGUCCAUGUUUUCACCAUCAGUUUUGGCCAUGCAGUGGAACCACAGUCACUUGCAACAUACCUAAACAAUGAAUACUCAAUCGAAGCAAUUCUGAAGGACUUGAACGAUCAGACUAGAACGCUUCUCGUCUCAGCGGAUCAGAACGGUCAAGUUGUGGGCUUCGGCUAUUUGACGCGGGGAAGCGAUGACCCCUGUCUUGGCCAUGUGAGCCAGAAAGCCGAAUUGCAGCGAAUAUAUGUCCAUACUUCGGUGCAGGGAAAGGGUGUUGGCAGAUUAUUGGCAAACAGCCUUGAGAGUCUCGCGCAGGAGCAGGGAUUCACCAAUUUGUGGCUCGGUGUCUGGGAGCAGAAUGAAGGCGCCAUUCGUGCAUAUGAACGGUGGGGGUAUCAAACCGUGGGUGAACAUGAUUUCGAGAUAGGCUCGGAUAUUCACAGAGAUCUGAUCAUGCUGAAGAGCUUAUGA